AUGGAUUCGUCAGCAUCGUCUGCAGCCCAGGAGGCAAAGGAAACCCCGAUCAAGCCUCCAGCGGAUGACAGGGACAACGACGACCAGGAUGAGGCAGCUCGCAAGAAGGCUGCUGUUCGGAAGAGGACGAAGACGGGCUGUCUUACUUGUCGAAAGCGCCGCAUCAAGUGCGAUGAGGGCAGGCCCAUCUGCAACAAUUGUACCAAGUCGAAGAGGAACUGCGAAGGUUACAACCAACGCGUCAUCUUCAAGGACCCUCUCGGAGCCUUCCAGAAUGGCUCCUUCGGUCCCGUUGUCUAUCCUCCAGAGUCGACGCAGCAGCAAAAUCUUGUCUCUCACGGAAACCAGCAGUCGAAACCCUCAUCGCACGCCCCUCCUCUGGCUGCCAUUGCCCCCAAGCCCCCAAUGACACUCGAUUUCCAGAACUACCCACCGGUUCCCUAUGGGGAAUCUUAUCAGGCAUACCAACAACAUCAGCCAAGCGCUGCGGCAUCGUCGACGUAUAGCUUCAACCAGGGCUCCUACGAGCAACCUCCUGUACCAGCAAAUACGGCAUACAUAGCGCCUGUUGCGUCCGUGCAUCAACAGCGGAAGCACAGCGAGGGCCAACAGUAUCUUCCAUCGCCCGCGAAAGAAGAGGAUGGAUUCCAUGGUUUCGGGGAUUCGAGCCACACUCAGACGAAAAGCUACGCCGCGCAAAAUGAGGUUGCGGCGAGCGGUCCCGGUUUUCAGGACACUGAGGUUCCGAUGGACGAGGUGCAAGAACGAACCCAAUGGGAGCAUGUGUAUUCAGACGAGGACGCCUCGAUGGGUGAGUCGGAGGAUGAGUUCGAGGCACUCCCGCGUGAGAGCACAUACGGAACUUUGGUGCAAAGCCACAUGGACGGCCCUCUGGACGGGUUCGGCACGGAGAUGCGAACUUUCACGGCGUUUGCAAACGACGAAACCCUUACAUCAUACAUUCCGCAGGCGAUCAACUCGCCUUUGAACGACACGUCUUCGGGGCAUAGACUCACGAUUCUAGACACCUUCCCCAUCGUGGCCUUCCAUCACCCCGCACUCCUGCAAUCCAUGCUUGCCAUCGGUUCAUUACAGAUCGCAAGGCUCAAGGCGUUGCCACCGACGGCAGCCAUGAAGCACUAUCACCUGGCCAUCAGACGAAUUGCACGCAACGUCCGCAGCCAUACCAAGAGGACACAGCCUGCAACGCUGGCGUCGACGCUGCUCUUGGCUUUCUUCGAGGUCUGGAACUCGGACCAUUCGAAUUGGUGUCAACAUCUUCUCGGAGCGAGACUGCUGUUUAAGGAGAUACCAUUCCGAGACAUGACCAGAAACAUACUGCCGCUGAAAAGAGCGAGACGGGCUAUGUUUGAGCAAGAACGAAACCAACCCCUGGACCCCUUUUUCAUGGGUCACGAUAAUGGUGAGGCUGACAAGAUUGACCUUGAUGACCUCGACUUGGGGUUUUUGAGCGAGAUCACAGGCCAAAAUGUGGACUACGAGGAGGGCACCACGCUCUCGGGGCUGUACUACACGGAUCGCGAUAUUGAGCAGUAUGAGCACCUACGAGACCUCUUUUGGUGGUAUUCCAAGAUGGAUGUCUACCAAGGACUCCUCUCAGGCGGCAAGCCCUUUGCCCUCCGCGAGCACCGAUGGGAAGGUUGGAGGCAAUGGGUCUCCCGGUGUACCUCCUGGAGGACACCUGGAGGACCACCUGGAGGACCACCAGGUAUGGCCGGCGGCCCUCCCAGAGGGCCCCCAGGCGGGCCUCCAGGCGGCUCACCUCCCAUGUUCCCCGGCAUGCUCCCCAAUGUUGGAAAGACCUCUCUCCCCAUGGGCUUCAGCCCGCCGCGUGAGGGAUCACCACCAAAAGAGAAUCCCGAUGAGAUCGAUCUCGAAAGCGGUACAGCAGAGGCCAUGCGCGAAUGGGAGGCCAUUCGGGCUGCUUUUGAGACCCUGCGGGCUCGGUUCGGACCAGAGUUUGAACCCCUCGGCCCAGAGUAUGCCGACCGCAGAGAUUCGCCGUUCGGGCCAACGCUGCAGUACCGCACCUUCUCUGUCGCUGGCGUAUGGCUCAACUACUACAUGUGUCUGAUCCACUUGUACCGGACACACCCCAUGAUGCCGCCCGCAGCUAUGAUCGCCCAGGGCAUUCAGGCGCGGCACACGGCGCACUUUGCGCAAGAGAUUGGGCGAAUCGCGGCAGGCCUCUGCGAUGACUUGAGAGAUGUGACUGAGAUUAGUACGCUGGUUGGUGCGGCCCUCGUCGAGUGCUCUUUGCCUCUUUUUGUAUCAGGCAUUCAGUUCCAAGAUGACGUCCAACGAAAAUGGAUCAUCAAGCGGCUGCACGAUAUCGCGCGAUUGACAGGUUGGCAGUCGGCAAGAAUGAUUGCUGAAGGAUGCGAGUCUGGAUGGCGUAAGGCGGCUGAGAUGGGGCGGGGGCCGCCAUACACGAGGGAUCCCAAUCUCAUGAACGAGAUCCCCAAGUCGAUGAUCAGAGGCCCCCCCAAGAUCAUGGCGCGGAUCGAAAAGCUUGACAGUGACGAUGCCAAGCUGGCGGUGGCUCGGUCAGAGAGGGCGGCCUAUGCCAUUGGUCUGAUUGGUAUCGAGCAGGAGUUGAGCAGGCUAGAUCUGAAGGAAGGCAACUAA